AUGACGACCGCCGCCGCUGCAGGGAAACCGAGCCCGAUCCAUCCUCCUGACUUCCGCAUCACCCACAGCAUCCUCAAAAGACAACGCCGGCGACUCCUUCGCUCCUCCGAACCGCCGCCGACCGACUUGGAUCGAACUCCUGUACAGGAGCCAUCAAGAUCUGAAGCUCCAACCCGGUCUCCAGAUCCGAAGAGCUCCCACCCCACAAGCCCGCCGCCGACGCCGGAGCAAGUGACGGCGAGCUGGAAGAGAGCCUGGAGGACCUUAUUCCACUGUGGCCACACCGCCUCCACCUUGCAAGCGUCGCCGGGACACCAAACCCUACACCUAGAGGGACCUAAUCUACACAGCCGGGCAAAGAUCCACUCAUUCCCCUCCCCUCCGAGGCCAACCAGGCCAUCUGAGGCGAGGAUGAACGGUGGUCUCGCCGGCUGGAGCACAAGUUUCGAGAGUAUGUGGUUGGCUGCUGCAGAAGUGAUCGCUGCUCUGCUCGGAAUUCGCACAACUCAGCAUAGAGCAGAUUAG